AACAGCAGCGAAACCGAGGAGAGGGGCUGGGUGAUGAUCAUUGCAGCUAACAUUUUUUGAGUUUUAACGAUGUGCCAGGGCCCACUCUGUGUUAUGUGCAUUUCAUUUUAAUCAUCUGAACAACUGUACCGCCUGCAUCUGGAAGUGAGGAAACGGGCACAGAGAGGUCAGAUUUCACAGAGAUGAUGAGAGCCCUGGGAUACCCUCGACAUAUUUCUAUGGAAAAUUUCCGUACACCCAAUUUUGGACUUGUAUCUGAAGUGCUUCUCUGGCUUGUGAAAAGGUAUGAGCCCCAGACUGACAUCCCGCCUGACGUGGACACUGAACAGGACCGAGUUUUCUUCAUUAAGGCAAUUGCCCAGUUCAUGGCCACCAAGGCACAUAUAAAACUCAACACUAAGAAGCUUUAUCAAGCAGAUGGGUAUGCAGUAAAAGAGCUGUUGAAGAUCACAUCUGUCCUUUAUAAUGCUAUGAAGACCAAGGGGAUGGAGGGCUCUGAAAUAGUAGAGGAAGAUGUCAACAAAUUCAAGUUUGAUCUUGGCUCAAAGAUUGCAGAUUUGAAGGCAGCCAGGCAGCUUGCGUCUGAAAUCACCUCCAAAGGAGCAUCUCUGUAUGACUUGCUUGGCGUGGAAGUAGAGUUGAGGGAAAUGAGAACAGAAGCCAUUGCCAGACCUCUGGAAAUAAAUGAGACUGAAAAAGUGAUGAGAAUUGCAAUAAAAGAGAUUUUGACACAGGUUCAGAAGACUAAAGACCUGCUCAAUAAUGUGGCCUCUGAUGAAGCUAAUUUAGAAGCCAAAAUUGAAAAGAGAAAAUUAGAACUGGAAAGAAAUCGGAAGCGACUAGAGACUCUGCAGAGUGUCAGGCCAUGUUUUAUGGAUGAGUAUGAGAAGACUGAGGAAGAAUUACAAAAGCAGUAUGACAUUUAUCUGGAGAAAUUUCAAAAUCUCACUUACCUGGAGCAGCAGCUUGAAGAGCAUCAUAGGAUGGAGCAAGAAAGGUUUGAGGAAGCUAAAAACACUCUCUGCCUGAUACAGAACAAGCUCAAGGAGGAAGAGAAGCGCCUGCUGAAGAGUGGAAGUAACGAUGACUCGGACGUAGACAUCCAGGAGGAUGACGAAUCCGACAGUGAGUUGGAAGAAAGGCGGCUGCCCAAGCCGCGGACAGCCAUGGAGGUGCUCAUGCAAGGAAGACCCGGCAAACGCAUUGUGGGCACGAUGCAAGGUGGAGACUCCGAUGACAAUAUGGAAGCAGCACCAGCUCUCUUAGGUAAAUGCAAGACUUCCAACUCCAAGAAGCAGGAGGACUCGGAGGAGAGUGAAAUCGACAUGGAAGAUGAUGAUGAUGAUGAGGAUGAUGAUUUGGAAGAUGAGAGCAUUUCUCUCUCACCAACCAAGCCCAAUCGAAGGGUCCGGAAACCUGAACCCCUGGAUGAGAGUGACAAUGACUUCUGACCCUCUUGCCAAGGGACCCUGGCAGAUUAAAACCCUCAGACUUGUAGGUAAAUGGGAACUUAGAAGGUUAGGAAGGUAACACCUGUUUUGUUCACUAAGCUGGCUGGACUCAUGAUUACUGAAGCAAUACUUAUUUCUGCUUCAGCCUCCUAUGUUUGCAUUCCAUGAAGCUUAAAUAAGAAUUGAAACAAAUCCCUAAGAUUUUUUUUUUCACCUUAUUUAUCUCCUAAAACUUGAGGAAUGCAUGUGUUCUUAGUGAUUCACGUCCACGGGACAAAAUCUCAAGGAGAAAUAAGAGCUGACGCCACACAAGUCUUGGCUGCUUUUUUACUAUACAUUUUCUCCGAGAGUCCAGCAGAGUUGAGGCUAGAACUUGGCACUGGGGACUCAUGUUCGGAAUCAUAGGGGGACAUCUGGCUGUUAAUCACUUGCACAGUUGAGAACAUUUCCUGUGCUUCGGCUUUUAAUUCUAGCCCUUAUUUCAUUUUGUCAUCUUUCUUUCUUCUGCAUGUUCACAAUACCAGACAUUAAAUGUAUUUUAAUUACUACAAUUUUCUGAAAGAAGCUUAGCUAAAGUUAAAUGAAAACUGGGUUUCCUUGAAAAUCAGGCGAUAGAGACAGGCUCCAGAUGAGGAAUCCUCCAUUUUCUUUCCAAAGCUGACAUUCCUCUGGGAGUCAAGUUCACCUGGGAUUACAGCCACCUUCAUGUUUCCACGGCUGGUACUAAAUUUGGAAACUCUGGUGACCUGAGCUGCCCUCUUGGAGACUCCAGACUCCCAUGGCAAUGACAGCCGGGACACUCUCCUUCCCUCCAGCCAGAGUUUCUCUAAAGGAGCUUUGUUUUGUCUAAAGUGUGGAAAGAUAUAGUGCACAACACAGGGACAAAUAGGUUUCCUGCAGCUCGCUACCUAAGUGUUUCUGUAGGGGAAGGAGCCUAUUAAGAAAAAGGUGUUGGUACAGAUUCAUGUUUCUGACUUAAAAAAACAACACAGGAUUGAAUUAGGUAGAGUAGUAGCACUAGAAGAUUUUUUCUGUUGUGAAAUUAGAAGUGGAGUUGGUUUUUUUUCUUUUUUCUUCUUCUUUUUUUUUUAAUAUGAAAAGUACUUAGCUGGACAUGGUGGCAAGCGCCUGUGGGCCCAGCUACUCAGGAGGCCAAGGUGGGAGGAUCACUUGAGCCCAGGAGUUUUAGACUAGCCUGGACAACUAAGUGAGACUCCAUCUCUACAAAAAAUUUAAAAAUUAGCCGGAUGUGGAGGGGCAUGCCUGUGGUCCCAGCUAUUCAGGAGGCUGAGGCAGGAGAAUCACUUGAGACCAGGAGGUCGAGGCUGCACUGAGCUGUGAUUGUGCCACUGCACUCCAGCCUGGGUGACAGAGUGAGACCCUAUCUUAAAAAAAAAGAAAAAGAAGGCUGGGCACGGUGGCUCACGCCUGUAAUCCCAGCACUUUGGGAGGCCGAGGCAGGCAGAUCGUGAGGUCAGGAGAUGGAGACCGUCCUGGCUAACAUGGUGAAACCUCGUCUCUACUAAAAAUACAAAAAGUUAGCUGGGCUUGGCGGCGGGCACCUGUAGUCCCAGCUACUUGGGAGGCUGAGGCAGGCGAAUGGUGUGAACCCGGGAGGCGGAGCUUGCAGUGAGCCGAGAUCAUGCCACUGCACUCCAGCCUGGGCGACUGAGCAAGACUCCGUCUCAAAAAAAAAAAUAAAAGCACACUGCUUGUAAAAAGCAUACAGUAGGCCAGCGCCUGUAAUCCUAGCACUUUGAGAGGCCAAGACGAGUGAAUCACCUGAGGUUAGGGGUUUGAGACCAGCCUGACCAACGUGGCAAAACCCCAUCUCUACUAAAAAUACAAAAAUCAGCCAGGCGUGGUAGCACAUGCCUGUAACCCCAGCUACUGGGGAGGCUGAGGCAGGAGAAUCACUUGAACCUAGGAGGUGGAGGUUGCAGUGACCCAAGAUCACACCGUUGCACUCCAGCCUGGGCAACAGAGUGAGACUCCAUCUCAAAAAAAAAAAAAAAAAAAAAAAAAAGCAUACAGUAAAUUAAAAAGAAAAGCACAAAACAGUUUUCACUUAUUUUUACAAUUAAAAAGUCAGAAGACUUCUGAAGUUACUUUUAAUAAAUGUUUUUAACACCAUAUUUCAUAUUAUUAAAUAGGUUUUACUUAAAAGCAUAAUUAUUUUAUUUGUACCUGUCAGAUAUAAAUACUUAUUCAGGAGUUCACAAGUAUGAAAAGAUACACAUAAAUUUUAGGAACUUUCGACAAUUAUUUCUGUCAUUUUUGCUUUUUUCUCUUUCUUUUCAUAAAUUUUAUGUAUAAGAUUACCCCUUUAAAAAAAAAAAAAAAAAAAGGCCAGCAUUCAGUGAAUUCACCAGUAAUUUGAAAUGCACCAUAUUGUAAACGAUCUGCUGACAGGGAAGCCAGCGUGUUGGAGCCAUGCCAGCCACCUCAGACGCCGUGGUUCCAAGACGCAGAAGAGUCACUGCACCUUUUGGAUGUUACGGAUUUGGUUUGCCUGAAUGUGACUUGACUUCUGUUUUGAAAAAACAUACAAAUAGAGUUCUGUUUUCCUUA